GCUCGGGGCAGCAGCGAUCGCCAAUGAAAGGCGGCCGUCGGGCGGCGCGCCCAGGGUGAGUGGCGGACGCGGCUCGGGAUGGAUCUGAGCCCCGCGGUGCAGAAGGUGCUGUCAGGGAGUCCCUUCUAAAAUCCAGAAAAGUUUGUCUAGCAGAGCCCAGUCUCCUGCUUGAGGCAAGCCCUCCUGCCUGCCCUUCUGCUGGUCCAAGCAUGCUUCUGCUGGAGAUCAAAAUGAACUUAUCAAGUCUGUCUUGAUGCUGUGCCUUGUGCAUAGCUGAAGGAAGAUGACGUAAGGAGCAGACAAAUAACAAAAGAAAAGUAAGCAUCACCGACAAGCAAGUACCAGACUCAUGACUGCAUUUCCCUUAUGUAGUUGCAGUAGCAAAUUCUUUAGCAAAGAUGUCGGUGAGCCAGCUGCAGUCAGGAAGAGGUGUGCCUUGUUUACGCUGCAGAGGGAUGUGCACGGGCUUUGAGCCACAUUCUUGGAGGAAGAUCUGCAAGUCAUGCAAGUGCAGCCAGGAGGAUCACAGCCUGAGCUCGGAUCUGGAGGAUGAUCGGAAGAUCGGGCGCUUGCUCUCAGACUCCAAGUACGCCACGCUCACUGCCCGGGUGAAAGGAGGUGAUGGCAUCCGCAUCUACAAAAGGAACCGCAUGAUCAUCACCAACCCCAUCGUCUCCCGGAAAGACCCCACUUUUGACACCAUCACGUAUGAAUGGGCUCCACCAGGGCUCACCCAGAAGCUGGCCAUGCAGUACCUGGAGCUGAUCCCGAAGGAGAUGCAGCCGGUGGCAGGAACGGAGGGGGCCUACUACCGUCGUCGGCAGCUGAUGAGACAACUCCCGCUGUACGACCAGGACCCGUCCCAGUGCCGUGGCCUCGCCGAGGGCGAGCUGAAGCUGAUGGAAGACUUUGUGAAGAAGUACAAAGCCGAGGCGCUGGGCGUUGGGGAGGUGGCUCUGCCGGGCCAGGGUGGCGCAGGCAAGGAGGAGGGGAAGCAGCAGGACAAGAGCAUUGCAGCCAGCAAACCCUCUGAGUCCACCAAUGGGGCCCUGGAGAACGUGCCUGCAGGAGGGCAGUAUCACUGUGAGACCUGCAAGCAGGCAUUGCCCGAGGACUGCCCGGUGGUGUAUGCCGACAGGGCGGGCUACUCCCGGCAGUGGCACCCAGCAUGCUUCGUGUGCUGCCAGUGCUCCGAGCCCCUUGUCGACCUCAUCUACUUCUGGAAGAGCGGGGCCGCCUGGUGCGGGCGCCACUACUGCGAGAGCCUCCGGCCGCGCUGCGCUGGCUGCGAUGAGAUCAUCUUCUCGGAAGACUACCAGCAGGCAGAAGGCAUGGCCUGGCACAAGAAGCACUUUGCCUGCCUGGAGUGCGAGACGCUGCUGAGUGGCAAACCCUUCACUCUGGACAACACCAGCCUCCUGUGCACGACCUGCAGCAAAAGCAAACACCUCUGAGCAGGGAGCAGCCUGGGCCAAAGCGGGGUCCCCGAGGUCCCAGAACUGGGGUUAUUUGACAAGUACAUGAGAAGGGAAAGGUUAAAAUGCAAUUAAGAGCCUGGCUAUUCACUUCCAAGCAACUAAGUGCCCCCUUGCAUCCAAUACAGCUUGCAGGAGAUUAUUUCCCUUGGGGAAGAAGCAAGAGAAACUCAUGUGCCUGUGGAUGGGAGGUACAUAGUGUAUCUGACUAGGAGGGACUGGAAGGAGGUUCUGUGUUGUGCUGUUCUUUUUAUAAAGUCUUUCCAAGCUUCUUAUGACUAUGAUCUUGCAAUAGGCUUUUGGAAAUAACACAUCUCAAGAGUCACUUUUGGCAUACUAAACCUAUGGCUGUGGUCAAAACUAAGGGUUAUUCAUAUUUUUGGAAAUCCAUACUGGAAGCUUAGACUAACAGGCUGCUGACAGCUGUACUAAAGCCAUGGGUUUGAAGAAUCUGAUUAACCCGGGUGAUUACUUUCUGAAAGCAAAUGAUAUAAAAUUGCAGCAAC